AUGAAGUCUCGAGCUCCUGCAGAGUCUGCGUUAGCGCUCCUGGCUAUCCCAGAUGAGAGGGGCGAUCAGCCCCAUCACUACUGGACUUUCGCCACUAGCAACCUCUAUAAUUGGAAAGCUCAAAAUCCUAAAUUUUCUGAGAAGCCAGUGGGGCUUAUUAAUUUGCUAGAUUCUGUCCUUUUUACACAUCAGCCAACUUGGGAUGACUGUCAGCAGCUCUUGCAGGUCCUGUUCACCACCGAGGAGAGGGAGAGGAUCCUUAAUGAGGCCUGGAAGCUGAAUCAGGGCGUGGAUGGGAAUCCUACCACCAACCAGGCUCAGAUAGAUACCUCUUUUCCUCUGACUAGGCCUGAAUGGGAUUUCAACACAGCAGAAGGUAUGGAGAGGCUCUGGGUCUAUCGCCAGGCUCUAAUGCGGGGUCUCAGGGCGGCUGCCAGAAAGCUGACUAAUUUGACUAAGAUGGGGAGCGUACAGAAGGAGAAAGAUGAAUGUCCAGCAGCUUUUUUAGAGCGGAUCAUGGAGACAUUCCACACCUAUACCCCCAUGGAUCUAGAGGCUCCUGAGAGCAAGGUGGCUGUUAUUAUAGCCUUUGUAAACCAGUGUGCUGCAGAUAUUAGGAGAAAACUGCAAAGAAUAGAUAGACUAGGGGAGAAAAGUCUGCAGGACUUGUUGGAGGUGGCUGAAAAGGUGUACAAUAACCGGGAGCCCCCUGAAGAUAAACGGGCUCGUGCCCUGAUGGCUGCCAGCAACAGGCAGACCCGAGACCUGGCUAGGAUCCUAUUGGCUACCAUUAUGAAUUCCCCCGAGAAACGGGACCUCCGCCUCUGACAGUUUGCGAGCGAUCAAAAGAAGGGUAAGGAGACCUCUGGGGAAGGGAGGUGGAGACUGCAGAAGGAUCAGUGUGCAUGCUGCAAGAAGAUAGGGCAUUGGGCUCAAGAAUGUCUGAAGAAGGACAGUGGUAAGACAGGGAGCAAGACAGACCGAGUAAAGGUCUUAGAGCUUGAUGAACUAAGUGAUUAGGGGAGUCGGGGUUCGGACCCCCUCCCCAAGCCCAGGAUAACUCUUAGAGUGGAGGGGACCCCUGUUGACUUCCUUGUUGACACCGGAGUGCAGCAUCUGGUCCUCUGCACUCCACAAGGAAAACUAACUAGCAAAAAGUGCUGGGUGCAAGGGGCAACUGGUAUGAACCAGUAUUCAUGGACUACCCGAAGAACAGUGGAUCUAGGAACAGGCCGGGUAACCCACUCCUUCAUGGUAAUACCAGAAUGCCCCUACCCACUGUUAGGAUGGGACUUACUGACCAAGAUUGGAGCUCAGAUAACUUUCAGACAAGAGGGGCCUCAGGUCACUGAUGGCAAGGGCCACCCCAUCCACGUUCUGACUCUGAGGCUAGAAGAUGAGUACCGCCUCCACCAGGAGGCUCUCCCAAGGGGGGAUAACAUGGAUAGAGGGCUACAAGAAUUUACCACAGCCUGGGAAGAGUCAGGAGGGGUAGGACUAGCUGCUCACAGGACCCCAGUCCUAGUGGAGCUAAAGCCAGGAGAAGGUCCAGAAAGGAUCAAACAGUACCCCAUGUCUCAGGAGGCCCAGGAGGGAAUUCAGCUACACAUCCGGAGACUGCGGAGUCUAGGGGUGCUGGUUCCCUGCCAGUUUGCCUGGAACACCCCCCUACUGCCGGUCAAGAAGCCUCACACAAAUGACUACUGACCGGUGCAAGACCUCCGGGAAGUAAAUAAAAGAGUCAUGGACAUACACCCAACUUUCCCCAAUCCAUACACUCUCUUGAGCUCCCUGGUGCCCUCCAGAGUCUGGUAUACUGUACUAGAUUUAAAGGGCGCCUUCUUCAGUCUGCCGCUAGCACCCAGAAGCCAACCCUUGUUUGCCUUCAAGUGGUAUGGUCCAGAGGAGGGCUACAGCGGACAACUCACCUGGACACGACUGCCUCAGGGGUUCAAGAAUUCACCCACCAUCUUUGAUGAGGUGCUACACGAGGACCUGGGUGAAUACAGAAGGGAGCACCCUGGCCUCACCCUCCUAUAGUACAUGGAUGACAUCCUGAUUGAUGCCGACAAGGCCGAGGACUGUGAACGAGGAACCCAGGAUCUGCUGGUUACCCUGGGAGCUUUGGGGUAUCAGGCAUCCACAAAAAAGGCAAAGAUAUGCAGAGAGAGGGUAAGUUAUCUGGGUUACAUCUUGGAGGGCGGACAAUGGCGGUUAUCAGAUGCCAGAAAAGAAACUGUCUUAAAGAUCCCUACACCCACCUCUCAAAGAGAAGUAAGGGAAUUCUUAGGGUCAGCCAGCUACAGCUGUCUUUGGAUUCCAGGUUUUACUGAGAUCGCCAGGCCCCUAUAUGGAGCUACCAGAGGGGGAGACAUUUGAAGGAAAGAGAAAGAAGAAGCUGCCUUUAAUCAGUUGAAAAAGGCCCUCCUAGAUGACCAGGCUCUGGGACUGCCAGACAUUACAAAGCCCUUUCACCUCUUUGUAGAUGAGCACAAAGGGAUAGUGAAGGGGGUUUUAACUCCAGCCUUGGGCCCCUGGAGCCAUCCAGUAGCUUACUUGUCUAAGAAAUUAGACCCAGUGGCUGCCGCCUGGCCACCGUGCUUGAGGAUCAUUGCGGCAACAGCACUAAUACCCUUGAAGGAUGCUGGCAAGCUAACUCUAGGGCAGGAAAUCUGGAUUACAACCCCCCAUGCAGUUGAGGGAGUUCCAAAACAGCCACCUGAUAGAUGGAUGAGUAAUGCACUCAUGACUCAUUACCAGAGCCUCCUUCUAAACCCUCCAAGAGUGCAGUUCUGCCCCAGUGCAGCCCUCCACCCCUCAACUCUCCUGCCUGACCCCAACCUGGACUCCCCGCUACAUGACUGUGCGGGGAUCUUGGAACAGGUGCAUGGACUUUGGAAGGACCUGACAGACCGGCCCCUCUCAAAUGCAGAGGCCACAUGGUUCACCGAUGGGAGCAGCUUCAUGAGAAACAGGCACAGGUACGUGGGUGAGGCAGUAGUAACUGAGACUAACACCUUAUGGGCAGAGGCUCUGCCUAGUGGGCAGAAAUCAUCACUCCAAACAAAGGCAUUGAAGGUAGGGGUGGGGAAAUGACUCAACAUCUUUACGGAUAGCCGCUACGCCUUUGCUAAGGCUCACAUUCAUGGGGCAAUCUAUCAGGAGAGGCUGUUGACAACAGAAGGAAAGACUAUAAAAAGUAAACAAGAAAUACUCGACUUGCUAGCUGGCUUAUGGCUCCCAGCCAAGUUAGCCAUCAUCCACUGCCCAGGACACCAGAAAGCCAACAAUCUUGUAGCCAGGGGCAACCAGAAGGCUGACCAGGUGGCCAAAGAAGUAGCCCUCACUGCAGUCCCUGCACUGGCCCUGCAAUUGCCAGACCCAGGGAACCCAGUCCUGCCGGAUCAACCCGGAUACUCCCAGGAAGAACUACAAUGAAUCAAAAGCUACCCCACGACCAAAGA